UUUAUUUUUGGGGUUAAUGGUCAAUGUUUUGAAGUAUAUUGUUUUUUUUUCUAGCAUUCCCAAUCAAUAAAAAUAUUCAUUACAUAUUUACACUUUUCACAACAUGUUGAAGCCGAAGGCCUUGACACAAGUUUUGAGUCAAGCUAAUACUGGUGGUGUAGAAACUACACUGCUCCUAAACACAGAAGGAUCACUACUGGCUUAUAGUGGUUAUGCUGAUAAAGAUGCAAGAGUGACAGCAGCCAUAGCUAGUAAUAUUUGGAGUGCAUAUGAAAAGAAUGGCCGCAAUGCUUUUAGAGAAGAUCAUCCACAAAUAAUACUAAUGGAAUGCCUAGAAGGCCGAAUAGCUAUCACACAAGUUGCGAAUGUACUUCUUUGUUUAUAUGCCAGAAGUAUAGUUGAUUUUGGAAUACUUAAACAAAAGGCAAAUGCUUUGGCAUUAUAUCUAGAGGGACCUUUGAAACAAGUAGCAUCAUCUGAGAGAUGAAUAAUGUAUAUACUAUUAUAGCUCUAAAAUAUGUAUUCAAUAUUAUAAUUGUUCAUAUUUGAUUCAUUCAUCAGUUAUCAGAUGUGUAAUAUAAUUAAAAUUGUCAAAUUCAGAGCUGGAUUUAGGGGCCUGGACUCUGGAGAAACUGGGGCAACAAAAGAGUGGAGGCCCCCAGCCCUCAUAUUAUUUUCCAAAUAAAAUGACAAUUUUUUUCAGUCCUGAUAAUU